GUUUUUUGCAGGCUGACAGGAAUUUAGAGUAUGUGUUUGAGACUUGCAGUGCAGCAGACAUGCAAAUGUGGCUAGAAGAUAUCAAAGAAAGCAUGGGCCCAAACAACAGAAAUGGUCGCAGCUUGCCAAGUCUCCAACCUUCAUUACAUGAAGUUUCUGAUACCACACCAAUAUUAUACAAUGACCACAGGCUGUCUAGAGGCAGUGAUGUUAGCAGUGACAAUCCCCCAGAACUGCCACCAAGGACACCUACACGUGUGGGAGAUGGGGCACACCCACUUCACCUGUCUAGAAACAGUUCAGGAGACAUGGCUGGAUCACCUAGGUCAGAGAGUGGGUUUGGAGAAUUUAUAGCAAGAGAGCCCCUUGGGCCUGAUUGUUAUGUGGAUCAACAGCUUCGAGAGUACCCCUGGUUCCAUGGUACCCUAUCUCGCAUGGAGGCUGCCCAGCUAGUGUUACAACAUGGGGCUGAUGGCCAUGGGGUGUUCCUGGUUAGGCAGAGUGAGACGAGGAAGGGGGAAUAUGUCCUAACUUUCAACUUCCAAGGAAGAGCUAAG